GAACAUUUUGUAUAAUCGGACCAGUCUGCGGCGGCGGAUCUUCGUCAUCGACCGAAGUUCGCGUUUCUUCCUUCCUGGCGCCAUGCAGCGGGGCUUUAUCGCAGUGGAUCAAGAACGCGGAGCAACUCACGAAUCCUGCAUGUCCGAAUGCUUCAACCCGCCGUGAUAUAUCGCGAUCGUAUUUAUUAAUAUUUCGUGUAUUUCGCGGGAAUGCCGUGCAAAAAGUCGCGCGAUUUCGUAUUUCCGUUUUCGCGAGUGAGUGUUGUGCAAUGACGAGGAAUCCGAGAGGAGCAGAAGGAAGAAGGAAGCCUUGGAGGCAUCGGACGACGGCGGAGCACCACAUGGGGAUGCACGAGAUGGAUCAGGCGGGUCGCGGGGCACGCGGGCCUGAUUGUCUGUCCAUCGCAAACGGGGCACAGGCAGCACACGUAACAGGCACGCCGAACGUGUACCGGAUGGAUCGCUCCGUGUUCCAAGUAUUACAAGAGCGAUCUCCUGCGUGUCGAGACUGCAGAUGCGACGAAAGGCCGUCUUCGCGGGACGCACUCUUCCUCGUGUGCCACCGUCGCCAGAAAACGCCAGGGUGUGGCGCCAAAACCCGGGAAACAACCUUAGGCACGACCUCGUCCGAGACGGACAAAACCCGCGCCGAUCGCACCUCCGGUUUUCGGCGGCUGGAGUAUCCGCGUGGGAGGGCAAGGGUCUGCAUUCCAUUUCUAGAAUUUCAUACCUUACAAUUAGAAGGAAAGGAUCGUAUGUCCAUUUCGAGAAAACAAGGUUUAAAGUUUUAA